AUGGUUGGCAGUGUCGCAACUGACUUCACUGGGCAAAGUAUUCGUCCACCUGCCAUAUUGAAGAUGUCAACGCGCAUGGCUAUCACAAUCUCCAAAGCGUCCAAGGCGAGACCAUUGGGUCUGAUGCAUAUCCAAUGCCGCGUGAAACCAGGCGUCAACAAGAACCGCGAGGGCGUCAGCUCUCUCACUGCUGACGCGGUCGAGCUCAACGUCGCAGCGCCUCCACGUGAGGGUGAGGCCAACAAAGCUGUGAUUCGGGUCAUGAGUGAGGCACUCAAUAUUCCAAAAUCAGAAAUAGUCAUCAGCAGUGGACUCAAGUCGCGAGACAAGACAAUCGAAAUUAGUCCCUCUACGUUGGGCUUGUCGGAGGCUCAGAACAAGGAUCAAUGGCCAGCUCUCGUCAAAGACAUACUGAUUAAGCACAUUGCUCAAUCAACUUGA